AUGGGUCAAUCACAGAGUGACACAGACACAGAAGUGGAUCUUGAGAACAUUCAGGAGCUCUACCGCAAGUUUGCCAGUGAAUGUCCGAGUGGAAAUCUGCACUUGCAUGAAUUCAAGAAAAUCUUCGGUGUGAACAGUGAAUCCUCAGAAGAAGAGACUGCAUACGCGGAGAAUAUUUUCCGAUCCUUUGACGUGAAUAAGGAUGGCAAAAUAGACUUCAUGGAGUAUGUGGCUGCCGUGCACCUCGUUCUUCGUGGCAAACUAGUGGACAAAUUGAAAUGGUCCUUUAAAGUUUUUGACAGUGAUGGAAAUGGCUGCCUGGACAGACGGGAAGUGAGACUUAUUGUCAAAAUCAUCUACAAGUUAAAGAAGCACAACAACCCAUUUGUCUCAGAAAAUACUCAAGAUAUCUGUGACAGAAUAUUUGCACUAGUGGAUAAGAAUAAAGAUGGCCAGAUUUCUUUGGAGGAAUUCAUUGAGGGGGCUGAGAAGGACCCCUGGGUUAUGGAGCAACUCAAGCUGGACAUUCGACCCUGUAGCUGGUUCCUUGAACACAAGAAAAAGACGCCUUGACUUGUUUGGU